AUGGAUCGACUCUUCAUCAAAGCCCAACUCACUGAAGCUGAUGUUAGCGUAGGCAGAUGGAAAGAGGCAGAAACCUUAGCACGGGAAGUAUUGGAGGAGAGCAUUGCAAUUCAUGGAGAGAGUCACGCAGAAACCAUUGUUGUCAAGAACCAGCUGGCGUUGAUGCUUUCAGACCAGGGUCGCUGGGACGAAGCCGUGUCGAUCCAGAAGGCAAUCCUACAGUACCAGGAAGAGCGUUUGGGUCCGAACCACCCCAUCACUCUUCAGUUCACUUCCUCCCUUGUUCAGUCACUCAUUGAACUCGGCAACUACGACGAGGCGGAACACUGGAUGAACAAAGUUGUCACGACCCGAGACGCCGUUUGGGGCAAAGAUAGCCCAGAUACAUUGCUCAGUUUGAUGGACGAAGCCCGCCUGUUAGACGCUAAAGGUUGCUUCAAAGAUGCUGAGAGCCUUGAAAGGGAAGCCCUGGAAGGAUGCAAGCGCUUGCUUGGGCAGGACCAUCUUUACACGCUUGAUUGCACGAUGAAUCUUGCCCAGAGUAUGAUUCUUCGGUACGAUCUAGAGGGAGCUGAACAACUUGCCGAGGAAUGCGUUGCUGCUUAUACCCGUACACGGGGAGCACAACAUCCGGACACCCUCCGCUCUAUGGGUUCUUUGGCGAUGGUGUACAAAGAGUGUGGAAAAUGGAGGGAAUCUGAACGUAUGGACCAGCUUGCUUUGCACAAUCUGAGAGAUACGCUGGGUCCACUCCACCAUUUCACUCUGCAGAGUAUGAAUGGGCUUGGGCAUGACUAUUGGAAGCUCAAUAGGUUGGAAGAAGCUGAAGAGCUUUUGGUGCAGGCGGUUCGAGGUCAAACUGAUGUACUUGGGGAAGAGCACAGAGACACACUCGACAGCCGGAGAAUUCUUGCCAAUGUUUACGCGGACCAGAAAAAGUUGGAUCUAGCAAUGACAACAUUGGAAGCCGCUCUGCAGGCAUCGAUCAAGGCAUUAGGAAAACAACAUCGCGAUACCUUGAGCACGGCUCAUAAUCUAGCAACGAUCUACGAUGAUUUGGGCGACAUCCACAAAGCUAUAAAGCUAGAAGAGGAAAUACUUGAGAUAUGCAGGAGUUCCCUUGAUCCAGAUGACGGCGUCCUGCUUGGCACCGCCUCGAACCUUGCCAUGUCGUACUUAGAUUUCCAGAAUCAAAAGGCACGGAGAAGCACUCAUAUUGGCAGAGGAGGCUGUCAGAGGAAGGAUGGCAAUCGGCGAAGGAGAGUACCUUUCGCACGCCCAGAAUACACUCGCUCACUGCUAUGUUGCUUUAGGGAGACUAGAAGACGCGAAAGAGAUGCGUGA